UUACCGGUUUCCUGACUUAUUUCCUGAUACGAAGUUAGUUCAAGAAAUGCAAGUUGAACUGGACGCACUCAUCCAAGAAAGCAUAUAUUACCUUAUGAAACUUUUAAAAACAUCGGAACCUGGUAUGAGCAGCUCAGCAUUGGCUGCCAUCAAUGAAAGCGAUUUGGAAAUUUAUACUCAAAAUAAUAAAUACUCACGAGGUAACAAUACUCAGAUUGCCCAUAAGGGUAAGCUUACUGAGAAAUUACUUUCCCAAGGACUGUUAACACCAAGUAUGCUGCAAGAAUUACAAAAAGAAUGGACUCAGAAUGGAAGUGCGUCAGAGUACACACAAUGCAUAAUGUAA